GAGGGAGGGGGGUUAUAACUAUAAACCCUAAAUAAACCCUCCUUCCGGUGGAGUAGGCAGCCUCUUGUUGAAAAGAUGGGAGGGUCAAGAAGGAAGUACAAGAGAUCCAGAACGAACAAGGUCCGUGUCGGAUUACCCAAGAAGAACCCUAACGUUUUCAAACCUGCCUUCUCUAUCCCACCCAAGUUCCGAUCCAUUGUCGAUCUCUCUAAAAUCAAAUGGGACGACCAAGGCAGUGUUCUCGAAAACUACAAGUCAUUCGGUGUUGUUUCUAACCCUAACUUGCUCGGUGUUCGUAAUCGCACUUCCAAAAUCAUCGAGAGCGAGUCCCUUCAGCUACCUAUUCCCAAAUUAGAUGGCCCCAUCGAUGAAUUUGAGCCUACUGAUUCCGGCAGCGAACUCGAAGAAGAUGAUGUAAAAUCAGCACUUGGGAAAAAGCGGGUAGACGGUAAAAAUGCUCCUCUGCAACCAUUAACAACUAUGCAACGCUUUCAUAUUGGAGCAUUGGUAGAGAAAUACGGUGAUGAUUAUCAGAGCAUGUUCAUGGAUACAAAACUCAACAAGAUGCAGCACUCAGUUGCAACUCUUGAGAAGCUGUGCAAGAGAUAUCACAUGUAUAAAGAUAAGAAUCCAAUGCUUGUGCCCCUUUGAUUCAUCAGCAGCUACCUGGAGUUCUAUGCCCUGAAGUUGCGUUCUACAUUAAUUUGGCAGUUGAUGAUCAUAGUUUUGACAUUUCAUUGUGAUACUAUUAUGUUUUUGUGUAAUACAUUUAACUAUUUACUUUGCUAUAUGAGGCCUCUUUAUUUGCUAGUCA